AACUAACAAUCGCUGCUUGAACGUAGUAAAUGUGACAUUAAUCUUUCGAUACUAUUUAACUAAUUAAUUGUCGUUUGUUUGGUGUUUGUUUGAAUAAUUAAUAUAUUAAAUUUAAAAUGGAACUUUCAAGGGAAAUUCAAAAAUUAAGAAAGAUAAUUGAUGAUUCAAAGGAAAAGAAUAUUAAGUUACUUAAUAAACACUUUGAACAUUUGGAAGAAAGACUUGAAACUGAAAAGAGAAGAUUAAGACAAGAAGUUUUCGAUAAUUUGGAAGAAACUAAUAAUCAAUUGACUAAAUUUAAUGUAGCUUUUACAGAAUAUUCUAAUUUUAGAAGUAGCACCUUUCAAGAGCCUAAACAGCGUAUGAAAGAAAUAUUGAUGGAACUGGAAACGAGCAUUACAUGUAGGGAACUUGAAUUACGUAUUCAAGAAAAUUUAGAUAACAAAAUAGCAGAAGUUCAAGUAAAAGAGGGAUUUAUUUAUAAUUUUACUGUAAUGCCUUUUGACAUUGUUAAUGGAAGAAUUUCUGAUCAUUCGUCCAUUAUUAGCAAUGAAACGGACAUAUUUCUAAUGAACACGUCACCUGAGAAUACAACAAUAACUGAUAUAAAUACAAGUGAAGUAUCAGAUAUAGUAUUAAAUCGAUGGGAGAGUAGAGGAGCGUAUGAAAGUUUUUCGAUUAGUCCAGACGAAUUAUUUAUCCUACUUUGCGACAGAGUUAAUGGACUAAUUUUAAAGAGUAAAAUUGCGGAGGCUACUUUAAAUUUUAGAGAAUAUCUAAAAGUAGACGAUGUACGUAAAGCCUACGCCACUUCAAAUGGUCAAACUUUGGUGUGGCACGAAAAUAAACUGACAUUGUUCAAUGCAGAUAAUUCAUCACAAUGGUCCCAUACGUUAGACAAUAUAGAAGCGGUUGCCUUCUCUGGCCUGGAUAAAGCAGACAUUUUCAUGACAAAAGAAGAAAAUGAAAUAAGAAUUCGAUCCUUAUUUAGUGGACUUGAAGAAAAAGCCUUCAAUAUAAAUAUAGAAGUCGCCGAAAUGUACUCUCUACCUUUUGGAAUAUUACUCCUUCCACAAAAUGAAAAGCGUCUUAUUCUCUUAUCGAAAAAAAACGGCUCAAUAAUUGCUGAAUUCCCAUUAAAUUUUACUCCAAAAACAAUGGCAAUUUCAUUAAAUAUUCUAAACCUUACUUUUUAUGUAAUAUCUGAUAAAAAUGAAUUAUUUGUUAUGAAAUAA